ACUCAACAGCGGGGCCACUACGCAGCCAGACUGCGGACCGUCAGGAUUCAGGUCCAAGUUUUCGCGCCGAGCUUCGACCGCGCAACGUGCACACCACGCUGCCAGCGACACGAGGACCGAGCCAACGUGAUCCAGAACGAGCAGUCCGAACAGCGAUCGAUCAUCUUGAAUCACCGAUCUUGGGAUUCGUUAAAGAGUGCGUCGAGUCUGAUCGAUCCUGUUCCACGAGGGGUUCGAUCCCAGUCCACAGUGAAAAGGAUACAGGAGCGAGGAAUAGAAACCUUCCUGAACCUCAUCAGACGGGAUGUGAAAGAUAGAGAAACGACUUUGAGUGGAGGAAGUUUGUGAAAUACGCCGGUGGUAGGCGAGUGUGUGAGUUCGAAAGUGAUCAGGGAAUCAUAGCGCAGAGGUGCGUGCGCCGUUCAGUCGGCACGUGGACGCACCAAAGGAACACAUUAUAUAUAGACAUAUCGCGAAUCCUGACUAUUCGUCGAUUGUUACGGUUGUGGUGAAUCUAUUGAAACCGGUGACGCGUUCUAAACGCAGUGGAAUAAGUGUCCAUCGCCAGUCGUCUGACAACUACGUGCAGAAACUACUGUGCGUUGUCGCGAUCGAUUAGCCGACCCGUGGCUUCGUUAAGCCGGAUCUCUACGGACACUGCUAGCGUGGACGUUCUUCGAAUGACUUAUUUUAGACCCAGUGAACUCCGUUCAGUGAAUUAUAGCGGCCCCAGGCUUUAUACGUAUGAUCGAAGACUGUCGAAAAUAUAUUAUCAGGAGAGCCACGUGCGGGAGGCACUAAACGUGGCAGGUGCUACGGACAGGUGGCUCGAGUUAAUUGCACGGCAAUAAACGUAGACAUUCUGCGAAAGAUUGAUCAACGGGCAAACUCUGCAACGUCCGUGUGUUGUACGUGUCUAGAGUGUAUGUAAGGAAGGAGCCGCGUAUCAUUACGUUUUCUAACGACUACGCGUCGCACUGGCGAUGCAGUAAUAAAACUGACGACGACACAAGGACUCAGACUCUAACAAACUCCUAAUUAUCGCUGCGGGUAAUUGCGACACGCACGUGACCGCCGUUGUGUUCUUCGACGUGGAAUCGCGCGCGAUAAGCACGGUCGCCGCACACCGUCUGACAAAUAGAAUAAUUAAAAUCACAUUAAAGGAACGUUCGUCCGCGCACUCUGUGCUCGUUCCAUCUUCGUAUUACAUGAUCAUCUUCGAAGGGGAACUGACUUACAAACCUCACAACGUUUUUUACUUAAGAAUCAUUACAAGACGAUUGCGUCUGUUUCAGUAAAAUACAAGACGUUUGAGUUUUCAAUCGAGUUUCUGAAAAAGAAAAAAAAGAAAAGAAAAAAAAAGGAAAUAGUUCUAUAAUAAAAUCAAAGGUGGUACUUCUGAAGUAGUAUUCCUUCCGGGUUAGUUGGAACGAUCGACGAAUCGAGUCGACGUAUUAUCGGGCUGUGAGCUAUUAACUGUUUGCUUCUUAAUCGCUCCUAAUUACUCACAAUUACCCGGCGUAAUUAAGUAGGCUGAUGUCACCGGCGGUCGAUGUAUUUGUGAAUCGUUUGUCCGUCGACGUCGGUCCACCGUCGCCAUCCGGACUGUUGUCUGUCGUCGCUGGUCGUUGGAAAAUUACCGGAGGAUCGUGAAAGAGAAAAAGAGGAGGCGACGAAAAGGUGCUCUCGAGGAAAGUCAUCGAUCAAAUCAGAAAGCCGGAGGAAUCGCGGUCGAAUCCGUUGGUGUUCCAGUCGAGGGAAGUUUUAUUCAGAGACGAUAAAAUUCGUCAGACUGGGGAAGCGCGGCAAGAAGAUUUUCAGUUCGUUCGAGCAGGUGGCAUCGAGGUGAAUAAAUAGAACCAAGCAGUCGAGAGAAUCUACGUCAGGACGACGUCCCACGUACAACAAUCACAGGUCGUCUCAGAUUACGAGUCCCCGGGAUGCAAGGCUGACAUGGCAGAGGGUUCGGCCGAGGAGGAACAGAGCAGUACCGCUGCGCCCGCUUCCCCGCCAGCUGAUCUUCGCACUCUGAACACCCAAUUGUCGCCGCCUUAUCACCACCAGUCCCAUCUCCAACCUCGUCUUCAGCAUCUGCAGCAUCCCAACAUGUUGGCGACCGCCGUGCCGCCCAGGCACAGCCACAGUAUGCUGUCUCAUCAGGUGAAAACGGAAGCCGAGUUGGACGCGCCCUGCGACGUGCCAUUGAAUCUGAAGAGCGAGCGUUGGUGGGCGGAUUUACGAGCACGACCGGCGUCGGCAUCAUCCACCGACAGCGACAGGAGUAGCGUUGGCAGCCCUGAACCGGUGGCGGCCGCGACCGGCUCGCUCCAUGAGCAUCAGAUGAUGAUAGAUGAGAUGAAGAACUCGCGGAAGAAUAGUCCAUCGCCUGAAAAUCUGCAUCAGGCGAAACGUGCGGCCGUGGCGCAAGCUCAUCUUAAUGGGACGAUGGCAGGUAUGGUGACCCUACAGAAUCUUCAGAAUCUAGCGAAUCUACAAAACCUACCGCAAGUCGCGUCGCUAGCUGCGGGUCUCCAGGGAAUGACAGCGGGAUUGACUAACAAUCAGCUCAUCAACACGCCCCUGAAUCUCACUGUCAGCUCCUCCGGUGGCACAGUACCAACAGCCUCGAACACGACAGCUGCCCCUCAUCUUCUGCCACCGAGUUCGACGCCAAUGGCGACAUUACCUCAGCUAUUAUCUCAGCCGCAACCGGUCGCGAUGCCUCAAUUCAUCCUAACGUCCGGUCAAUUGGUUCAAGGCAUUCAAGGGGCUCAGCUUCUUAUCCCUACGUCGCAAGGAAUCGCUACACAAACUAUCCUCACUAUACCUGUCAGCCACGUCACGAAUAAUCAGAUGGUGAACUUGGCGCUCAGCAACGGCCAGGUCGUGUCUACUACUCUGGCGAAUCUUCAAUCCAUCGCUCAGCCACAGAACAUGCUUAACACGCCGACCAGCAACGGUGAAUUUACAGUUCCAACAAGUCCCAGCUUAGCAUCAGGAUUAGGGUUAAGUCCCGCUGCCUUGCCUCACCUUCUAAGCAACAGUUCGGCCAGCCAGCAACUUCUGAGCGCGAUGCAGCCUCAGCAACUACUUCAGGCCGCGCAGGCGGCUCAGGCACAGGCUGCACAGGCGGUCCAGGUCGCUCAGGCUUCUCAGCAACCGCUUCUAACAACAUCUCCUCAACACCACGGUCAUCGACACAGCUCCCACAUAAAUCAUUAUACGCCGACGGAGAAGCAUCAUAGAGAGAGACCCGAGCAAUCGUCGCCUUUGAACGAGUCUGUGGUAUCCGCAGCCUCGGCUCUGAACAGACUGGCGGCUAGCAAUGGGGAAAUUACGAUCACGACCACGCACGGACCCAGCGGAGCCGGGGUGAAGCCCUCGCCGAGCAGCAUGCACAACGCCAAAAAAGAAGAGGAGGAUCUCAAUGAUUCACCUAAUCAGCCGACGAUCAACGAAGCCACGAACAACGUAGUCGAUGGCAUCAAUCUGGACGAGAUCAAGGAGUUCGCAAAGGUGUUCAAGUUUCGCAGAUUGUCGCUGGGUCUGACGCAGACCCAGGUAGGACAGGCCCUGAGCGUGACAGAGGGGCCAGCUUACAGCCAAAGUGCCAUAUGCAGUGCCCUGGCUACCCAGAUGUACGCUGCCUCGCAGAUUGCCUCUCAGCAGCAAGCUACAUUCGAAAAGUUGGACAUCACGCCAAAGAGCGCGCAGAAGAUAAAACCGGUCCUUGAAAGGUGGAUGAAAGAGGCUGAAGAGAGGCACAAGAGCGGGCUACAUCAGCUGACAGAUUUCAUUGGCGUGGAAACGAACAAGAAACGAAAGCGACGAACUUCGUUCACUCCACAGGCUUUGGAACUGCUGAACGCUCACUUCGAUAGAAAUACUCAUCCUAAUGGCAACGAAAUUACGAACUUGGCGCAACGCCUCGGAUACGACAGAGAAGUGAUCAGGAUUUGGUUUUGUAACAAGAGGCAAUCCCUAAAGAACGCGGUGAGACUGAUGUCGAAGGACGUUGUGUAAAAGUGCUAGGAUAAGAUUGGUCGCGAACGGAACCAGUGAACAAGAAUAAUUAAAAAAGAAACGAAGAAGCUUUAAGGACUCGAAUUUUACGUUGCACGGAUUAAUUCCACGAGAUUCGAAUCGCGUUUACGUUCAUCGGUCGCUUUGCAUCAACCCAGGGAUGGAUCGAUGAGAUUUUGCGCGUGAAUUGGAGAUUUCGACAACGGAGAUCACAGAAGAAUAGAAAAAAGGGUUCACCGAAUCUCGCGUUAAUAAUAUAAUUCCGACAAAUCAGCGCGCCCGAAGGAAUCGCUUUAAAAAGUCAUGUUUCUCGGCGACAACCGGCGAACCAUGAAGUUCUAAAGGCGCGCUCUCGACGAUCGAUGUAAAGAUCAUUGUGAUUGCAGGCGUAUACGAGACCUAUAUGUAAAUAGUUUUAAACCUACGGUUAAUGUGAUGUACAGGAGUCGAGCGUUUAACGUUGAUAAUUGCCUUAACCGCCAUCGUCUUAUCCGAUAAAUGUUAAACGAAGAAAGAAGGAAAUGAAAUCGAUAAAAUAUUGUAAGAUUUCAUUACAGAUGAAAAGAAUGCAGUUUUAUUAUCGAUAGUCGAUAAAGAAACGGCUGAUGGUAACAUACAUAGUGAUAAAUGGUACACGAAAUGUUAUCGAUUGAUGGUAAAAUAUAAAAUUGACACCUCGUAAGUUUUUAGAAAUAUAAUAGAAGAAAAUUCUUGGUAAAUAUUCGGUUGUAGAACUCGUGUACCAUUUGUCACGGGGCAGAACGCGAUAAGACGUAAAUCAAACAACAAUUAUCAAGUCGCGUCUCGGCUCGUGAAACUAGGAUAAGUAAAUUCCAUUAAGUAAUCGCACAGAUAACGCUAGUUCGUGAAACGAUCGAGAAGCUUCCAGCUACUGAGAAUCGUCUGUCAUUAAGAAACCAACAGACGAAGCACAAAACGAGGAUCGUGCAGAAGAUAUGAUCGAAAUCUUCUAAAUCGUUCCAAAAGAUAGAAUGAUAUUUUCUGUACGAAAUCCCAUCGAGAACCACGAGACCGAGGAACAAACCAGUGUGUUCGGUCCUCUUGCACACAGGAAGGAACAUAGUUGAAGCAACGAGAACAGCAACAGUAACAGGAUACCAAUAAUAACCAAACAGCAACAAACAGCCAACAACAGUACCGUCACAUUCACAUGCCAUACACAGCGGGAUACAAUUCAGUUUGACCACACAGGAAAUAGCAACGGAAAAGUUUUGACAGUACCGCCGCUAUCGUUUAUGACGAUCCAUCAUCCAACUCUUUUUAUUUUCAUUCUUACCGGUAAAACAACCACUCGUUUACAGGCUUCGUUAGGGAAGAAAAAAUGAUGAAAAAUGUUUCAACCAUAUUGUUCUCUGGGUGUGCUCGUCUGUAAAUUAUACGCGUGUAUUUAGGUAAAAAAAAAAAAAAAAAGAAAAUCGAUCGAAAAGCAAAAGUCACGAGGGAAAUGAAGCUAGAGAAAAAAAAGGAGAAGAAGACGAAGGAACUUUGUAGCGAGUAAAUUAACGCAAUAAUGUCUUUUUGAAAGUAUAUUAUCGAUCGAUCAUAAGGAUCCUCCUGAUGCCCUUUUAAAAUUCUAUUCGAACCCGAGAAACAGGGAUGUUUGAAGGUGGUUUGAGGUUUUCCCCCGCAAAGUAACAUGGAAAAAAGUACUAGUCCGUAAUAAUCUGCCAUAUAACGAGGUAUACGUAUUAAACAUUUACGCAUCUUUCGUUCCUAAAUGUUCGAUCUGCUUGCCGCUGGUGAUUGUAUCGAUAUAUUUAUAUUUGGUACGUGUCCCGUCUUUCUUUAGUGCCUGGAAAAUAUGCAAUCGAAUUACCGCUUCAAAAAAGAAAGAUUGAUUCAAUAUUUGUUUUAGCUAGGACAAGAAAAUACAGGAAACAACCUUUAUCUAUAGUAUUUCUAGUUAAAGCAAAAUAUUGAAUGAAUAGCAAUUUCAGGAAGAGUUUCGAAUAAUCAUUCUUCAUUCUCAAAGAAAAUCGAUAGAUUGCUUGCUGGAUGAUCAUCGUCAAUAUGGCAUCUUCGAUUUUCUUAUUCCGCUUCCAUUCGAUUCUCAAGAUGAGUGACCUUGAAGAAAUAAAUAUAGAAUUGCGCGAAGCUGAUCGAUAUAUCACCGUUAUAAAUUCCAUGGUAAUAAGUACGAGCUGAAUAUAUACCUAUAUACAUAUAUACAUAUGCAUGUACAUAUUAUAUAUGUAUAUGUGUGUAUAACACGGCCAUGAAACAGACAACGUGCACUGGAUAAAGAUAUUAAUUCGGUUGCAAAUUCACCAAUGCAAGGACAUUAAUGAAUAGCAGCGUAGUGAAUCAUAGAUGCCGUGAGUCGUCUUUGGCGAACAUUUAUUUCACUUCCGGUGUACGAUUCAAGCGCGCAAAUUGAAACAUGUCGUGACGUGCAACAGACACGAAAAUGGCGUAUUUCGAGCGAAGACGGGACGCGGAACGACCAGGGACAGGUUUCCAAUUUCCACAGACGAAUCUUCGUAUUUAACGCAUCCAGAGGAAUGGUUCGUUAGUAAAAAAGAGUAAAAAGAAAAAAAGAGAAAAAAAAACGCAAAAAAAAGAAGGGAGAAGACGAAGGAGAAUGGGAAGAGGAAGAGUAAACUAAAUAAAAAUAAAUUAUAAUACCACAUUUUACGAGAAAAGCUUAAAAUAUCGACCAUCCAUGAAGGAUAAAAGUAUCUCAUGUAUUCCCCGGUUAAGCGAUAUAGAAAUAAUAGCGUUUACUUUUGAAUGUGUUCCGCUUCAAGUGAAAGGGCUCUCUUUCUUUCAGUCUAAUCUAAACUAAACUAAACUGGAGGGCAGGAUAGUCGGGUUUCAAGAUAAAAAAAAAAUAUAAUAAAAUAUAUGCGAAAAUGCGAAAAAAAUAAAUACUACAGAAAUAGCGCGCGCGACCGAUCGACCAUUGUUCUCUCUCGACGAUUUUUCCUUCCUUGCCGUUAAUAAACGAUACUGUAGGCGAAACUAAACCCAUCCCAAAAGAAGUAAUAGUACGACACGAUUUCUUAAAUAUCUCUCAGCUCGAGUAUAAUUAAAAAAGAGAUAAAAAAAGAAGUAUUACACGCGUUACAUACACAGAUAUACACGACGAUUGUGCGUUUAAAGGAACAUAAUGAGAAAAAAAAGAGAUGAUACCAUGACACAUACAUACAUCAUAAUACAUACAUACAUCGUUCAUACAGACAGGUACACAUUGUACUUCGAUACCCCGCCGUUGUAAUGGGCUAAUUCAGUACGAUUAAUUAUUAAACCAGAAGAUCCUUGCAAGGAGCAUAGCUAGGAGCGCGAAUGGGUAGCGAGUGUACAUAUUAAGGCGACACCUAGGGACUGCAAUAUCGUAAGAAUCUAAAAAUGUUACACUUAUUAAUCGUGACAGCUACGAAGUAGCUAUGCACACGACAUAACGAUGACCAGACGACGACCAGACGACGACAGACGAUUUAAUGGACGCACUGUGUAAUUGCACGGUUGAAACGUUAACGACGAGAAAAUAAAAAAUCACGUUAGGAUUGGGGGAGGGGGGUAAAAAAUGAAAACUAAAUUUGUAAGGACAAACGCGUACGUUUAAGAUAUUUUACUCUCUAGGAUACCAUUAAAGAUACGAGCAAAGUGAUCUGUUCCUAAACGAAGCACACAAAGAUGGAGGUAAUAGAAGAUACAGAAAACUGAAUAAGAAAAAAAAGAGAAAGAAAGAUUUGUGGUGUAAAGGAGACAGGGAAAUGUAUUAUAAGAAGAAAAAGAUGGGAUGGUAUACGGUUAAGAGUGGAGUUAUAUGGGGAUAAUUCAAAAUUCAAAAUUUUGAUUAUGGGAUAGGGGGAGGGCGUGUAUGUUAUUCUGUUUGAUAAAAGAAAGGGACGGAGUGGGGUGGAACAAAGAGAGAGAGAGAGAGAGAGAGAGAGAGAGAGAAAAGAAUGAAAACGUUUGUACAGAGAUAUUCCGGUUAUUAAAUUUUGUUAUAUGAGGAAAAAAACUAACGGGGGAGAAUGGCGCGGUGGAUGUUGACGAGAGAAUAAAUAAGAAAAAAAAACUACGAACGAGUGAGGGAGAGUGUGAACAAGAGAGAUACUGCUAACGAGAGAGAGAAAACAAAUUUACGAAUCAUGUGUAUUUUCUUCGUGAAAAAAAAAAUUGAUAUUCAAUAGGUCAUUACGGAAAUAUAAACAUGAGUAUUAAAGAAAAAAAAAAAAAACGUGAACUGUAUUCGUGAGUGUCAUAUUUCUAAGGAAGAUAGAUCCACGGGCGAAUGUUUUAUAGCAGUUUCCGGCCGAAUUUUCAUGUUCAGGUUAUAUUCAGAGAUGAAAAUACACGCAUUGCUACGCUUGACAAAUAAAAUAACGGAAUUAUGUGUUUUCAGAACGAAAGAACGAAUAGAAAAUAAUUUAAAGAAACAGAAAGAAA